AUGCCUCGUACUACUGCAGUACCUACUCCGAUACGGCGCACGGUUACCCCGAAUCAAGUACACCAAGGAGCGGCUGCGAACUGCCAGUCUGGAGUCGAUGCAAUCCGAGCGCCCAGCUUUCACAUCUACUACCGGUACUUCCCAGAGAAGAGGUCGAGAUACAAGUACGUGUCGGUCCAUUCCGCUCUUCGUGACACAUCGCGAGAGUGGACGGCGCAGAUACGUACUGUAGCACCCUCUCCUCCGAGGCCUCUCCGCCGAGGCAGUCGUCCGUCUGAAUGCGGCUGUACUCUCCAGCCCCCCUCUUCGCGCCCAGGUGAUACAUACGAUCUCCCGCUCCGUAUCGCUGAACGUGGUAAUGGUAUCAAAUGGUUGUCGUUAAAGUUGUGUGUAGAUUACACCUUGUUCAAAGCACAUCUGGGCAAAAGGCCUCAACGCGUCCAAUACGUAGUAUCUAGGACCCGACAUCAAACUCUUGAGCAUGCUCUUUACUGUAUUGCUCCAAACUUCACCGACUUCACGGGGUGUGCUAGCGCUCCCCAUCCAUCCGUAGUACUGGGUCCUGCGCGCAGAUCCAUGGGCUGGAAGACGCAGGAUGUUAUUGUGAGCUGCGUCGGGCAUCACCAAAAUACUACCUCAGAUACUGUACAGCAGCAGUUAAGACAGGCAAGCAGCUCUUGCAUCGUUCAAAUGUCCUGGUCAAUUGAUUGGAAGCUCAGGCCUCUCCUGCCUACAGGGACGAAGACUUUGCUUCUUUCUCCUGAUCUCCUUACCUUGUUUCAAAUGCAAGCUGCAGAUCUAUUACACAGCUCGCGGAACGGCACGGCCUUUACAGUCGUCUACGGUAUCGUCGCCAGCUUCGACAUCUCAGACCCAUAUUGGCCGGGAAUGUCAUGGCAGCUGAACAGACGUCUUGCCCUUUCGUAUUUUCGACUCGCUGUCCCGUUGCCGGUCGAGCGAUUGCCGGAUUCUCCUCCUCCCAAGCCUCCUCUCCUGCGGUGUUUACUCGUAAUGAGCGAUCCCCCCGAUGUUGGGUUCGCGAUUUCCAGGCCUCCAUCGCCACACUCCCAUGCACGAUCCCAUCCUCACUUGAAAUAUUCCGCUGUCAAGCAGCGCCUCGCCGCAUUUGCCGCCCGCGCAUCACAUCCCGAGCCCGUUCCAAUCCACGCGCUCCCCGGAAUCGAAAAAUCUCGCGAUUCCAUCGCAAACUCACAUUUCAACAGAGUCUCUGCGCCCGACGCACAUAGGAUGGCGGCAUCUCGAUCCCCAGCGACGGGCGACCCCUCGAUCUUGUCUCUAUUCGCGGUGAUGAUCGCAGGAUCUAGAUCCUUAAAUACGGAGGGGUCUCCGGCGUGUGGGUUUUCUCCUUCGCGCAAGUCCUCCGCUGCUACAAUUCGCCUUCCGGCAUCCGAGUCUACUGCGCAACAUGCAUCCGGUCUGGGCCUUCUACUACACCACGAUCUAUCGUCACGCCACUCUCAAAGCCUUCCAAUCCCGGAGACGCGUCGAUUGAUCGAUCGAUCGAUCGCUUUCGUCGGAUUGAACCGCGCCGGUUUCUCUCUGAGCUCGGCACCCCCGAGAAUGGACGUCCAGCUGAUCCUGGGCCACCUGGGAAUCGCGUGCUACUGGGCGCCGCUGUGCGAAGCCGGCUUCGAGAGCUGGGAGGUGCUGCAAGACAUCACCGAGGCGGACAUAAACUGCAGAGGGAGAUCGCCACGUCGCGAGGAGUCCCGCCAAACGCGACCCUGGAAUCAUCCGUGUCUUGCUGCUGCUGCUGCUGCUGCUGCCGUCUUGCUACCCGGCAGAGUGCGGGCGACAGCGCUAUAA